CGCAUAUCGGCGGGACUUUUAAAGACAUAAUAGAUGGACGUUAAAUCAUUUUACGGUUCAAGACCACGCACUUUUCUGGCCCUUGUGCCAGAAAAUCCUGAGGACUCAGAUGCGGAUCUGAGUGAUGAUGACCCCGUAGAUGAUCCAGAUUAUCUGCCCACACCAGCAGAAGAGAGUGGGGACACUUCUUUUGAUUCAUUGGAUGAGGAGGAGGUUGCCUCAACAAGUUCAUCCUCUAAACCACCGUCCAAAAAGAAGAUGAGAAUGGGGAAAAACUCCCUGAAAACUGUUUCUUUGGCAGAGCUACAGGACACACCUGAACCAUCACCCCCAGAUGGAAAGGAAGGCAGAAGAAGAUUGUGGAGGCAUGAAGACAUUGAGACAUUCCAGGUUCCAGACUCAAGUUUUAACCUCCUAGUCCUAGACCUCUGCAUCUCAAAUGCCUGGCUUGUCUACAAGCGGGACUGCAGCCUCCUGAAUGAAGCACUGCUGCCUCUCAAAAAGUUCCGUCUGGCAGUCGCACACACUUUGGCUAAAGUCAACAAGCCAGCAUCCAAAGUUGGCCGACCUUCAUCAUCCUCUCCGCCACAGAUGUCAUCAAACAAAAAGUCCAAUACCCCAAGACCCUCCCACCCACAACCAGAUGUACAAUAUGACAACUUCGGACAUUUGCCACUACACUCUAACAAGCGGGGGCGAUGCAACCUCUGUCCAAAGGGAGUGUCGAGAUGGAAAUGCCAGAAAUGUCAUGUUUUCCUGUGUAUGAAUGCAAAGCAGGAAUGCUUUGCAGCAUACCAUCAGAAAUGAAUGGCCAAAGGCAAAAUAAGUGCUGUUGCACCGCUGCUGUUGCACCCCUGACCAAAACCAUUAGUGCAGUUGCACAACAGGUCAAAACCCAUUUGUGCUG